AUGUUCUUCCCACCACCACUCACUCCACUUAAUCUCUUUCUCAAAAGGUUAUUAAAAGUAAGAGAAGAUCAGGCGCCGAUAAGAGAGCUGCGAGAAUUCGAGAGAGAAGAUCAUCAAAAACCGGCAAAGUAUUUUUAUUGUGAUGAAGAUCCAGAAAAAAGCCAAAAAAAGGAAAUGGAGGAACAAAACCAAUUGAAUUCGUUAACGGGGCAUUUUUUUUUGGACGCGUUGUGUGUGGCGAGACGUUGCCCAUUGUUGGAGGAUUUUACCGUUAGUGGAUGCAAAUCGGUGACCUCACACUCAGCUCUGUCACUCCUUGAGAGUUCACGCUUGCGAAAGCCGACAAUGCUCACCACACAUAUGGAAAACACAUCGUUUGAUGUGAAUCAAUUAUACCGUCAAAUCCAAUCACCGUAUUUUUGUGAACCGGGUACAUGGAAAUUGAUGCCGAUGACGAUACGAAUUGGAUACGAGAAAGCGGCGGUGAUGGCUCAAAGCACGAAUCAGACGUGUGUUCUAAUCUAUGUU